AUGCGGCUGUGUCACGUGAUCUCUCGAACUCGGAAAUCCGACGACAGGAAUCUUUUUCAAAGUGGAUUCGACACCUCUGACCCCAAUCAAGCAUUGUGGUCCAGGAUGCUUCAACUGCGGACCAUGUUACUGCGUCCACGGCGCAUAGGAUGGAUGGAGUCAUCUAUCCUUUCUGCUCGGCAGUUCUCCGUAUCCAGGACGUCGAGAGCAGGCUCACCUCCACCAACUCAAUCGAGUUCUCCCAAAUCGUCCGUCGAUCGACCAAGAAAACGAAUCCCGCCUGCACAAUUAAAGUUCAACAGUCCCAGUUCAGACAGGCCUCGUCCGCGCCGAAUCAUUGAUGCGAGAUCUUUAGCAGCCUCUAAACCUGGUGGCCAACCAGCAAACAUUCUUAAAGGCCCACGCCGCCUAGCAGGUCGAGGUGGAACGUCGGCGCGUACACGCAAGCCCUAUAACUCGAAGCCGGCGUCGCGCAAGUCUGGCCACUUUCCUCAGAAAGUCUCAAGUGCAGAGGACAAUAAUGCGGAUCAGAUUAUUGAACUUGAGAAUGUCUAUCGAGAACUUGCAGAGAAAACGAACCCCACCCGCACCCGCUAUCAGCCUGACUUUCCUGACUUGCAGAGCUUGAGUAAGACAUGGCCAUCAUUGCCAACAGAUAUUACGGCGACUACUGCUGGCAUUUCCGAGAAACUUUCGCUACUUAGUGAACGCUAUCCGAACGGUUACGUCCCGCCCUACGUACUCGGCAAGCGACUUUUUGAAGGGAAAUUUGUCCAGUUUCAGAGUGAGGAGGAGCGGGCCGAGGCUCUAGAUGCAGCCAAAAAGUUUGCCCAGGAGGCUGCGGACAAGUUAUCACAGGAAAAGGGCGAGUUGGUAGAUCCCGAGGCCGUGACUUUCAAAGGCAUGGAAAGUGCAGAACAUAGCUCUCUGAUUGAGUCUCUAGUUCAGGGAAAGUAUUCCACAGCAGAUAUACCGCAGGCCAACAAGCCCCCUGUCAUAGGUGAGAUUCUAAAGAACCUAAGAAGCAACGAGACUUACCAAGCUUCCGGGAAAAAAACACAAUUCAUGGCGAAACUGGAAUCACUUCUGGUCCGUCCAGCUAAAAGUGUUUGA